AUGGCAGCAGUCUUUGAUCCACAGUUUAAGCUUUCAAUUGUUGAAUGUUGUUUAGGAAAGCUUGACAUGAGUACACGUGAUGCAAAUGUGAAGAACUUGCGUGACAAGCUUAGUAUUCUGUUUGAGACAUACGAUAAAAAUCCAAGAAUAACUCACCUUCCACUGAGCCACGUGAGACUGUUCCGCAAAAAGCUUGUGCGGCAGGAUCAAUGGGACUGUUUGGGAACUACAAUUGGAAUUGUUAGUGGAAAGACACCUCUAGGAGCUUAUCUUGAAGAACCACCUUUGGACAUUACUAAUUUCCAGAGUUUGGACAUCCUCGAUUGGUGGAAAGAUAAUGUGCAUCGGUAUGGUGACGUGGCUGCAAUGGCAUGUGAUCUACUAAGUAUUCCAAUCACAACAGUGGCUUCGGAGUCCUCCUUCAAUGAAGAAAUCGAUGGUGGUGGUGAUGGUGAAGAAGAGAAAUUACCAACAUUUGAGUCCAUUGUUGAUGGGGAAGAUGAAGAUGAGUAG